AUGGACACCGCUGCUGCCCAGGGGGCCAGGCCUCCCCCUCCCUCCAAGAAGCGCUCGCCCCCGGCCCCUGCGAGGCCCGUGCUCGCCCUGCUGCUGCUGGUCUCCAUCAAGCAAGUUACAGGAUCCCGCCUUGAGGAAACAACUCGCAAGUGGGCUCAAUACAAAGAGAAGUGUCUGAGAGACUUGCUCAAGGAACCUUCUGGGACCUUUUGUAACGGAACCUUUGAUCGAUAUGUGUGCUGGCCUCAUUCUUCUCCGGGAAAUGUCUCUGUUCCCUGCCCUUCAUACUUACCUUGGUGGCGUGAAGAAAACUCAGGAAGGGCCUACAGAUACUGCUUGGCUCCGGGCACUUGGCAGACGCUGGAAAACUCCACAAAUAUUUGGCAGGAUGACUCCGAAUGCUCCGAGAACCACAGCUCCCAAUACAACGUGGAACACCAUGCUUUGCUGUCGACAUUGAAGGUGUUGUACACCGUGGGGUACUCUCUCUCCAUCAUCUCCCUCCUCCUGGCACUCACCCUCCUCUUGUUUCUUCGAAAACUCCACUGCACACGAAACUACAUCCACAUGAACUUGUUUGCUUCUUUCAUCCUGAGAGCCCUGGCUGUGCUGGUGAAGGAUGCCAUCCACUCCAACUCUUAUUCCAGGAGACCCAACAAUGACAAAGGGUGGAUAUCCUACAUGUCGGAGGUAUCUGCCUCCUGCCGCUCGGCCCAGGUCCUGCUGCACUACUUCGUGGGCGCCAAUCACUCAUGGCUGCUGGUCGAAGGCCUUUACCUCCACACGCUGCUGGAGCCCACAGUGCUCUCUGAGAGGCGGCUGUGGCCCAGAUACAUGCUGGUGGGUUGGGCCUUCCCGCUGCUGUUUGUUGUACCUUGGAGUAUCGCCCGUGCACAGCUGGAGAACACAGGGUGCUGGGGAACCAACAGGAAUAAGAUAAUCUGGUGGAUCAUCCGAGGGCCCAUGCUGCUUUAUGUAAUGGUCAAUUUCUUCAUCUUCCUGAAAAUUGUCAAGCUUCUCAUUUCUAAGCUCAAAGCCCAUCAAAUGUGCUUCAGAGAUUAUAAGUACAGACUGGCAAAGUCAACACUGGUCCUCAUUCCUCUGUUGGGUGUUCAUGAGAUUCUCUUCUCUUUCAUCACUGAUGAUCAAGUGGAAGGAUUUUCAAAACUCAUACGACUCUUCAUUCAGUUGACUCUGGGCUCCUUCCAUGGAUUACUCAUGGCCUUGCAGUAUUGCUUUGCCAAUGGAGAGGUGAAGGCGGAGCUGCGGAAGCACUGGGUCCGCUUCCUGCUUGCCCGCCACUCGGGCUGCAGGGCCUGGGUCCUGGAGAAGAACUUCCGAUUCCUGGGGAAAUGUCCCAAGAAGCUGUCCCAGGCAGAUGGCACGGGGACGCUGCAGAAGCUGCAGCCCUCAUCCGGCGGCAAUGGGCAGCUCCUGCACUUGUCCGUGCACGGCCUCGGGGGGCAGGGCGCCCGGCCCCCGCGGGGACACGCAGCCUGGCCCCGGGGCAGCAGCGUGUCCGAGAGCAGCGAGGGGGACUUCACCCUGACCCACACCAUGGAGGAGAUUCUCGAAGAGAGCGAGAUCUAG